AUGGCGCGUGGCCCUGAGCUAGACCGCUAUACGCGUGAGCGUAUCUGUGAGCUCAAAUUCACCUACAAAUGGGGUGCCCGACGCAUCAAGAAAUACCGCUUUCCUGAUAUUCCACUGUCAAUAAUCCACUACACUCUACGAAUAGAAUCGAAGCGCGUUAAUAGCGCUAGUUUACCUCGUUCUGGACAGCCUCGUAAGCUUACCGAAGAGGACCGCGAUAGUAUGUACGAUGCUAUUCAGUCGAAUCCUUCUAUUAUACGCGAUAAGCUACUAAGUGUGGUUAAUUACAAGGUCUACGCUAUGUCGAUCUGGCGGUUAACUUAUUAA